AAACGAUAAACUGUUGAGGAUCGACAAACGUCUCUGUAUGUGAUGGCGACGUUGGCCUUGCGUAAGAUAAUGGUGACGGUGGUGGCCGGGAGAAUGGUCUAAAGCCUCGCCGGGCAAGACGCGGGCCAUGCCGGCUAGCCGCAGACCAAUAGAGGAGAAACGAGAGAUGAGUAGCCGUCGGCACAUGUGCCAGAGGCGUGAUGGAGAGGACAGUAGGUGACGGUGGUUACUUGAACCCCCCCGCGCCCCCUUUUCCAACUUCCUUCGGGCCUUGGCCCGGCACGGCGUUCGGCAUAGCCGCCCGAAUUAUAGAGUUGCAUGGUUCGCGACACCGUUUCCGUUCCCCAUCCGCCUGGGACGCUGUUGCAAAAUGUCGAUCCGCUUUGUCCGUUUGUAUGUUUGUUUCCCACCCUCCUGUGGGAAAUCGAGAUGCUUGGUUCCCGCCGCUGCGCCGUGUGAAAUAUUCAUGUUCCCUUCCGCAAUGCUGUGUGUCCGCGACGCAAAGGGAAAAACCCCCCUCUUAUCAGGGGGGGAAAAAAAGAAGAAGAAAAAAAAACGCUGUUGUCGAGGUGCAGGGCCCUGCAACCUCCCCCUACCCUCGAAUGAUUUUUAUUAUUCUUUUUUUUUUUCUUCUCUUUUUUCGCGCGCGUUCUGAAACCCCGACUUCCGAGUCUCCCUCCUCUUGUCAUAAUCAGCCACAGAGCCCGGGAGGCCAUGCCAUGCGGGAUCAGCGUGGUUGAGACCCUGAUGUCUCAAAAAUGUCGGGUUUCUGGUGUUUCGGUUCUUCAUUUCCUUUCUCUCUCUUGGGCCGGCGUGGCGUCGACGUAUCAUUCCUAACAAGUCUCGAAACUAGCGAUAGCGCCGGUCCAGUCGAGCUCUCGGAACGCUGCGCUAGUGCGAUGCAGCUUGGUCGAAAGAGCUAGAUUUAGGUCGUUCCGCAGCCAAGGAAUCCGGUAGUGUUGGUGGUGGUGCGUGGUCGACCUGU